CGAAAACGAACGAAAUCUUGCGACACAGAAGUCGGGCUCCAGUAUCCUCCGAGGUUUUAUAGCACACUCUGUCACCUUUGAACGGGCCUUGGGAUUCGAACAGAGAUAGAAGAUGGACUACACUAGACAAUUGACCUCGAGUCUUUGUGAGAACGCUUGUGUCUCGGGCCCUCAAAUGGUGCUGUUGAUCACUUUGGGUGCAAUAACUGUAUUCCGGAGAGAGAUGAGUUGCAACCACUGUUACGCAGCUCCGGAGGAUGCUACUGUGACGGGAAAGAGCACCGAGGAUGGCUCGACUGGUAUGGACGAGUGGUGGUGUGCUAUGGAUCAACACGAAGCCGAAACAGAAGAACUCCUAAACGGGGCUGGCUUGUACUGCUCAGGCGCGUCAGUUCUACCUACACUGACACCGAUCAUUAAAUACAUGACUGCUUCUUGCUAUGCUUGGAAGCUCUCGGCAUCGCGUCAUCAUUUUGUGAAGCUCUGGAGUUUCGGAGGUUUAUCUUCCUCCUCCUCUCCACCCAAAGCUAUCACGAUUUCUGUUCCUACAAACACUGACGAAACUCACGUCGGUACGAAUUCUUUGACGCGUUUGCCUCCGGAUGCGUUGGUUAAUAUUCUAUCGUUUCUUCUUCCGAAAGAUGUUGUGAGUUUUGCGUGCGUUGAUAAAUCAUGCCAAGAUGCUGUUGAAUGCGGAGAAACGAGUGAAGCCUUGUGGAAGUCUCUCUGGCAUCGUGAUUACGCGUGGCUGAUCCACGCAUGGACGAUUGGACGCGGUGCUUUCGACCGAUCCGGAUUGGUUCCACCAAUCUACGACAAGGAGUUCUAUUUCUUGUUCGGCCUGAGUUAUUUAAAUUAUGUCUUGGCCGGGCAGAAUACGUUUGACUCAUGUUUGAUUGGACUCAAUGGACAUAUUUACGAUUUAACACCUUUCCUGAUGAAUCAUCCCGGUUCACCGGAAACAGUCAUGGUACAAGCAGGUCGAGAUUCAACAUCUUUCUUUCACUCAAUUCGGCAUAGUUCAGGUGCACGUAAGAUUGCACAAUCUCUGUGUGUUGCAGUAAAUGUGGCCCGACUUGGCGACAACGCCUCCGGCGUCCGCCCAACAUGUGCGACAAAUGUCGAUACCUAUGAUAUCAAUAGACCCCAUGGAGUACUUGCUGUUGUAGAAUCACCAGCAAUCGAAACGCUACCCUCACUGAGAAAACUCGGAACACUAGAACGACUACGUCAUUCAUAUUCCCACCAGGAAGAGCGAUAUCGAAUACAGGCGCUCGCUAACAUUACACGGGUGGAGGCUUCACUAAACGGCGAGGUCCAUGUAUAUUACGAUCCCUUUCGUCGAUGCUGGUGUGCCUGGUACAACGACUCGGACCUGCAACCCGUUUUUUGCUCGCAUCUCUGAUAAGACUCAACAGCAACAAAGCACAUGCUAUCAAUUCAACACCAACAUCUCUAGACUUUUCCACACAUGCCUGUAUUUUAAGAGUUGUAAAUUGCAUCUACCUUUAGAUUGGUUUUCAUAG